AUUUCUGUUACUGAUAAUAGUAUGCGUUCCUGGCAUUGCGUAGGUAGAGAUAUUAUCUCUCUGGGUCAGCCCACCCCGUUGCGCGUUGACAGAAUCUCCACUUUACGCGUGGCAACGCAAUCACAGCUCAUCAAAACGCUGUUACAUCUUAUCAGGAGCCAAUCACAUCCGUCUCUGUUCCGCAACAGGUCCUUCCCUGAGCCAUGGCUCCCACAGGUUUAGCAGCUAUUAAUGGACUAAGACUGCCCGUCGAAAGCGAUCAGACGGCGGCGACAGCGAGAACGGACCCGCCGUUCGUCCGGUGGAUGAAGGAGCAGAGCUUGGACGGCGACCGGAUGUCGAUUCUAGAGUCGAGUCAGAUUCAUGGUCGACGUCAAAGCGUGGACGGCGAUCCGAUGGCGAUUUUAGAGUCGAGCCAACAGACGUUGAUCGUGAGAACGGACCCCCCGUUCGUCCGCUGGAUGAAGGAGCAGCAGGCUGCUGACGUCACCCGUGGGCGCGAUGCGAGAAUGGAUGACGCCGACGAAGGCGGAAACGAUGACGUGUCGGAUUCCGACGAGUACUACACUGGGCGGCUAGAAACGGCCGGGCGGCCAGAGGCGGCUCAAACGGAGCGACUCGAACGAGAGGCAGAAGCGGGUCGAGAGGGGGACGCGGCAGGUGUAGAUGCCGGCGAAUCGGACGGCGAGGAUUCGGAGGCGGAUGCGGAGGCGGAUCGUCGAUUGAGGGUUCACACGCGGAAUUGCAGGUGGAGCGACACGGAAAUGUUGGAGUUAGCCGCCGCGGUGCUCUACUGCCGGGAUAGCGGCGCGGUGACUCGGCGCGCCUGCGCCAAGGGCAGCGGGUAUUGGGGGCAGGUGCGGCGGGUGAUGCGGCGGGGGAACCCCGCGUGGGCGCGCCUGCCGUCGGCGAUGGCGCAGCAGUGGAAGCGGAUGAAAGCGAGAUACGACGACGAUCAGCAGGGGAGAGAUGCGGAGAAGGGGAUGAGAGGGAAAGAGAUGAGAGGGGAAGAUCAGCAGAUAAGGGAUGAGGGUGAGCAACGGCAGAGAGGGUCUAAUAACGCGGAUGAGCUGGUUUCUGGUAACGCGUCGGCAGGGAAGGAAAGGAGGAUGGCAGGGGGAAAGAUGGGGGGGAAUUCAGAGUGGUAUGAGUACGUGCAACUCUAUUACGCGACGGGGGGGAAGUUGAGGACUGGCACAGCCGCUACAACCGGCAGAGCCGCUACAGCCGGUAGAGCCGAUACAGCCGGUAGAGCCGCUACAGCCGCGCCGGGUGCUACAGCAGCAGCUGCCGCAGCAGGGAGACCUUGCGAGAUGCCACCAUUCGCGUUUCCCGAAAGCGUCACCCCCCCAACGUGGCCAGACGCAGCCGCUACAGCCGCUGCAGCUGCCAUAACCACGGCAGCUGCUACAGCUGCCAGCAGUCUUCUACCCUUGCCUGCUCCUGCUCUGUCAUCGGUCUCUCCGUUUGCAACCAGCGGAUCCGACAAAUAUCUGCUUUCCCUGCAAAACAGUGUUACUCCUGUUACCAGUGCUACAGUUGCUGAGCUGACAGCUCCUCAGCCAACAAUUUAUCAGCCUACCGUACACAGGGUGAGGGGGAUCGCACCUGGUGGGUUGACAGCAGGGAAGGAGCAGAAGGGGCGGAAGGAGCGGAGAUCAGGAAGGGGAGGGGUGGAGAGGAUAGCAGGAGGCGCUAGGGUGUUAACAGGGGGUGCUAGUUUGCUAACAGGAGGUGCUCGGUCGCGAACAGGAGUGUUCAGUUCAGCUGCUUUGGGUGAGAGGGUGAGUGCUGCCCUGGGCGCUGUUGUGAGAAACGCGUGCCUGCAGUUUGAGGAGCUGAGUCAAGAGCUGCUGGAGAAUGCGUGCGCUCAGUUUGAGGAGCUUUCUAGGGAAUUGGCGGAUGAGGCUGCUGCUCAGAUAGAGGAGAUUCUAGCAGAGGCUGGGAUGGCUGGCCCGGGUGGCAAGAGGCGGAGGAGGUAGUGGUGAUUCGGUGGAAUUUGGGGGCCUUGCGCGUGGGAAUGAGCGGAUGAAGCUGUUGUGAACUGAACUAGCAAGAAAGGAGAAGGCCGCCAUGAAAUGGCGGCCGAGGUUUAGCUAGGGAGAUUGACGAGAGAGAAGAUAGUCGAUUAGGAAGAGAGAGGGGUACAAGGAGGGGAUUGUACCCUCUACAGUAAGGUUCAGUAACAACUACCAAGCCUAUCAAUUAUAUAUAACUUCAAUAAUUUGAACACACCCCC